AUGUCCGCACCGCCGCCGGGGGAUAUUCAGUCGCCGCCGGCCGAUACUCCCCCUGACACGAGCCCGCCGCCGCCUCCUGAAACCAGCGACCCGCCGCCGCCUGCAUCCGACGCUGCUCCUCCCCCGCCGCUACCGUCCAGUCCGCCGCCUGCACCAUUGCCAGAUACUCCUCCACCGUCGCCGCCGCCCAGUAAUCCUCCACCAUCCCCGCCACCCAGCAGUCCGCCACCGUCACCGCCGCCACCGCCAAGCACACCUCCACCUUCGCCGCCGGCGCCGACGCCACUGCCAAGCACACCUCCACCUGUCGCGCCUGUGAUCCCGUCUGAUCCGCCUGCAUCAUCUCCUCCUCCCGCAUCGACGCCACCGGCUCCACCAACAUCGUCCCCACCAUCAGGCCCAUCACCAGUGAACCCAACGCCACCAGCGUCGUCUCCUCCUUCACCUGCACCACCGACGUUGUCGCCGCCAGGACCACCGACUACGACUCCGCCAUCUCCCGUAAACCCCUCACCACCAUCCACGUCCCCGCCCACUCCAAGAACACCAUCCUCGCCUCCAUCAACCUCCCCGACGCCAAGGACACCGUCGUUCCCACCUUCGCCAGACACUCCACCAGCUCCGACCAUGCCAUCGUUCUCUCCACCUUCUUCCACAAAACCGCCAUCCCGUGUCACUCCCGCUCCUCCUGGCUUUACCCCGUCACCCCCAAGCGGCGUCCCGAACUCACCACGUUCGUUUGUCAUACCCCCGUCGUCGUCGCCAUUGCCCUCGCCGUCUCACUCACACACAUCCAAGGCAGUGAUCGGCAUCUCCGUUGCCUCGGCAGUGGUGGUGAUCGGCCUCGUGGCCGGGCUGAUCUACUGCUUCGUGGGGAAGCGACGUCGUCAGCGUCGCCGCGGCCGCCGUCCGCCACCGGACUCAUCAGGCAAUCCCUACAACCAGCGACUACCGGUGGUGUCGUCGCGCCAGCAACGGCAACCGCCACACACAUCGUCGGCGCCCCUAUCGUACAUAACCAGCGCCGCCGUCGCCUCCGACCCACCGCCACCCCAGCAUCCCGCCGUCAAGGGCGGCACGGUGUCGUACGCGGACCUCGCGGCGGCGACGGGCGAUUUCUCGGAAGCGAACCUGCUGGGCCAGGGCGGGUUCGGGCACGUGUACCGCGGCGAGCUGGGCAACCGAGAGGUGGCCAUCAAGCGGCUCCGGCCGGGCAGCGGGCAGGGCGACCGCGAGUUCCGCGCCGAGGUGGAGAGCAUCGGCCGCGUCCACCACCGCCACCUCGUCUCCCUCCUCGGCUACUGCGUCCACGACCAGCAGCGCCUCCUCGUCUACGAGCACGUCUCCAACCACACCCUCGAGUUCCACCUCCACGGGGACGGGCCGACGCUGGACUGGGAGCGGAGGUGGAAGAUCGCGCUCGGGUCGGCCAAGGGGCUGGCCUACCUGCACGAGGACUGCCAUCCUAAGAUCAUCCACCGCGACAUCAAGGCGGCCAACAUCCUACUGGAGGACAACUUUGAGCCCAAGGUUUCGGACUUUGGGCUGGCCAAGAUCCAAAACGUAGACGACAGCCAUGUUUCCACGCGCGUAAUGGGGACUUUCGGGUACAUGGCUCCGGAGUACACGAACACCGGGAAGAUUACAGACCGGUCCGACGUCUUCUCCUUCGGCGUGGUGCUUCUGGAGAUCAUCACCGGGAUGAGGCCUGUCCUCCCCGGCGAGCACGACAAUGACGAGACUCUGGUUUCCUGGGCACGGCCUCUGCUCGCAAAAACUUUUGAGGAGCAAAUCUCCGGCGAGCUGAUCGAUCCAAUGCUUGAAUCCACCUACGACGCCCACGAGAUGCAGCGGCUGAUCGCGUGCGCCGCCGCCGCGGUGCGCGACACGUCCCGCUCCCGCCCUCGAAUGAGCCAGAUCGUCCGUUACCUGGAGGGCGAGCUGCCGCUGGAUGCCCUGAACGCCGGCGUCGAGCCGGGGCAGAGCGAGACGCACGACGACGGCGAGAGGGAGCAGCUGAGGCGGAUGAGGAGGAUGGCGUUCUUCAUGCCCGGCGCCGACAGCGACACGGGCGCCACCGGCAUCGUCAGCGAGGCCACGAGCGAGUACGGCCUGUACGCGUCCAGCUCCAGCAGCGGCGACGGCGACGCGCAGACGACGAGCCGGCCGCGCGCAGGCGAGCUCGGCGCGACGAGCAGACGCACGCGGCCGGGGCGCGCCGGCUUGCUGUGA